AUGAAUUUUGACUCUGGAAGGAUUCGAACCCACGCCAAUCGCCCGCCUCUUUUGAGGAAGGUGUGACGGGGGUUAGUCCCUUCUCUCACGUGUAUGACCACUCCUUGCCCCAUAGCCGGCUGGCCACUAGUGAUGUGGAAGGGGAGUGGCGUACGCGUGUCAGUCGGUCCCCAAGCCAAGCCGCUUGAGCCCCUGCUCGCAGCUACUCCCCGACUGCGCUUCCGAGCUGCUUGCGAGCACGGCUGGCCGGCGGGUCCCCCCAUUUUUGCAAUAUUUUUAUUUUUAUUUCUUGUUCUUGAUUUGUCUCAAAAGUAAGACUGUAAAAAUUGUAUAAAAUCACAUAAUUACCCAAAAAUUCACGUUAAUCAAUUGAAAACAAAAAAUCAUUCUUUAACACAAAUAUAAGUCUAUUUAUCAUGAGUUAAGGCUAAAACUAUAUUAUUUACUAAUUAUUAACUCAUGAUAAUGAAGACUUAUCACACCCCCCAACUUAAAUCAUUGCUAGUCCCUUAGCAAUGGAAUUACGAAAAUAAAAUUUUACAAAUCUCAAACAUCAUAUUUCAAUACAAAAAAAAUAUAAUUAGAAAUGAUGCACCAUUAAACACUUUGAAUUCUUAUAUCAAGUAUUUAAGAAUGAUGCCAAGUACUUAAAUGUUUAAACACUCCUUGGAAUAACAAUCUACACUUCAGUUCUUCUAUUCACAUCUUUAUCACUUCUUCACUCAUAGAUGUAUUUACAAGAUGUUCCAAUUAUCAAUACUCAUCCAAGAAUAAUAUUGAUCUUACAUUUCCCUUUUUCUAUGACUUAAUUUUUGAAGUUUGCACUAUAUUUCUUCCUUCUUUUUUUUUUUUUAUAAAUAGUGGAUAAGUAGCUUUUCCUGUAGACAAAUUUCGACAAUAAGAAUGAUGUCUCACACCCUCCAUGUGUACUCUUCAUUUUCAGGGCUUUCACUUUAUCCACUUAUUUUUCUGCAAGUGUUUUUCUAUGCACGAUUUUCGACAAUGAGAAUGAUGUCUCACACCCUCCAUGUGUACUCUUCGUUUCUAGAUUUUUCACAUUGCUCUCUCUUUUUUUUUCGAAAUAAGUGAUUUCUCCUCAUUAAUCCUAUAGAUCAGGGUGCAAAAAUCUCCAUUAAAUUUAAAUGAUCAAUCAAAUUUUCACAUCAAGUAAAUACUAUCCAUUAAGAUCAUGAAGUGAAAAUUUGUAAAAUCAAAUCCAUGUUAUCUAUCAUGUAUCCAAAGAGUAUUCCAACAUUUCAUACUACUAGAUCAUUCUUUUGACUCAAUAAUAAUCUUCCUAGUAUCUUUUGGUAUCAAUCAAUCUAAUUGAUUUAAUUUUUCAUGCAUGUAAUAUGAUGUAAAGAAUUUGUAAAUUAGAUAGUUCUGACAGUUCUAUUUUCUUUUUUCAGUUUAUUUUUAGCCACAAUAAAUUUGUCAAAAAUAAAUCAAAACUAUCCUCUUUAUAGUUUUAAUUUCGAAUUUCAGUAAUAUAUAUCUAGGGGAUUGAAAUGUGAGAAAAGGGUUGACGUGACUCAGUCGUUGUAUGUUAAAUCACGCAAAUAUAAAAUUUAUAAAACUAGAAAAUACGAAUUUUCGGAUAUUUAGAAGUAUUUCUAAAUAAAUAUAUCAAUUAUAAUUCAAUAAAAAUUCCAAAAAUAGCGGUAAUUUUCUAGGUCGAUCACAGGGAUGUAAUAUAAUAUCUGGUAAUUAUUCAGAAUUUUUCUCAAUGAGUACGAUUUUCUUACGAAUUUUAUACUAGAAAAUAAAAAGGAAAUAUAUUUAAAAUUCACGAAAAAAAAAGGAAAUAAGGGUGCGGACGUCAGGAUGACGUCAGCGCCCGGCGAACGCGAAUCAGGCGGAAACACAGUUCCGCCCGGCGAUUCUUACGUAGGCGAUUACAGACGACUCAAUUAAUCAAAUUAAGAUCUGUAAAAGCCGGAAGAAUCGUAGUUGAACGAAGUAUAGUUUGGUAAAUAAAAAUCAACAAAGUAUCACUAAAUGAAGCGUAAAUUAAAUUGAAAGCAGGAAAACAGAGUUCCGGCGUCGCGACGGCGAUGCGUCGGCGAUGCGUCGGCGAUGCACCGGAAUCCUGAGCGUUCGGGAGGAUCGUCGUGCAGUGUCCACGGCCUCGAAGGCUCUCCUUGGACAAAGACGACGUGGGCAGUCUCUAGAUAAAGCAGGAAAACAGAGUUCCGGCGUCGCGACGGCGACGCGUCGGCGAUGCACCGGAAUCCUGAGCGUUCGGGAGGGUCGUCGUGCAGUGUCUACGGCCUCGAAGGCUCUCCUUGGACAAAGACGACGUGGGCAAUCUCUAGAUCUUCUCGCGAAGUCUAGAGACCAAUGAAGUGGGUCGUCGAAUCGUCUCCGGCGGCUGUCACCCGGCGGAGCGGAAAAACGGCGACUUUGCGGCUCUCCGGCGGCUGUCACCCGACGGAGAGGGGCGGGAUGGAGGUGAGGCGCGUGUUAGGGAGCUUCAUCCUCAGGUCCGCGCAGCAAGAGGAGGCUCUUCAUCGCAUCUGGUACGCUCUCAGGAGGUGGCGACUUGUCUCCCGACGGAUCGUCCUCUUCCCGACGACGGCUUGUUCGUCGAUCAAUCGGAGAUGAUUUACUCGAUGGAUUCGCGAUCCUUUUAUCGUGAAUCGUUCAGCAACUUUAGUAGCAAUGCUCCGCGAAUUGCGUUGACGAGAUUUUCGCCGAUGAUCCAACGAUUCUGGUUGCUUAAUCCUUCAGCGGCGAUCUGCAGGAAAGUCGCGAUAAUCAGUUAAAAAUAUAUGAAUUUUGACUCUGGGAGGAUUCGAACCCGCGGCGGUCGCCCGCCCCUGAACAAGGUGUGACGGGGGUUUAGUCCCACAUCGGUUGUGCACCGAUUUUUCGGGCGAAUAUAUAGUAAUGUUAGCUUUGUAAGGCAAAGUCUCUUCUCUCGCGUGUACGACCACUCCUUGCCCCACAGCCGGCUGGCCACCGGUGACGUGGAAGGGGAGUGGCGCACACGUGCCCCUAUCGAUCCAAGCAAGCCGCUCGAGCCCCUGCUCGCGGCUACUCCCCGACUGCGCUUCCGACCCGCUUGCGGGCCCGGCUGGCCGGCGGGUUCCCCAUUUUGCAAUAUUUUUAUUUUUAUUUCUUGUUCUUCAUUUAUCUCAAAACUAAGACUGUAAAAAUCGUAUAAAAUCACAUAAUUACCCAAAAAUUAACGUUAAUCAACUGAAAACCACUUUUCAUGCUUUAACACAAAUAUAAGUCUAUUUAUCAUGAGUUAAGGCUAAAACUAUAUUAUUUACUAAUUAUUAACUCAUGAUAAUGAAGACUUAUCACACCCCCCAAGUUAAAUCAUUGCUAGUCCCUUAGCAAUGGAAUUACAAAAAUAAAAAUUUACAAAUCUCAAACAUCAUAUUUCAAUACAGAAAAGAAAUACAAUUAGAAAUGAUGCACCUUUAAACACUUUGGAUUCUUAUAUCAAGUAUUUAAGAAUGAUGUCAAGCACUUAAAUGUUUAAACACUCCUUGGAAUAACAAUCUAGACUUCACUUCUUCUAUUCACAUCUUUAUCACUUCUUCACUCAUAGAUGUAUUUACAAGAUGUUCCAAUUAUCAAUACUCAUCCAAGAAUAAUAUUGAUCUUACAUUUCCCUUUUUCUAUGACUUAAUUUUUGAAGUUUGCACUAUAUUUCUUCCUUCUUUUUUUUUUUUUAUAAAUAGUGGAUAAGUAGCUUUUCCUGUAGACAAAUUUCGACAAUAAGAAUGAUGUCUCACACCCUCCAUGUGUACUCUUCAUUUUCAGGGCUUUCACUUUAUCCACUUAUUUUUCAGCAAGUGUUUUUCUAUGCACGAUUUUCGACAAUGAGAAUGAUGUCUCACACCCUCCAUGUGUACUCUUCGUUUCUAGAUUUUUCACAUUGCUCUCUCUUUUUUUUUUUUCUUUUUUGUUUUUUGAAAUAAGUGAUUUCUCCUCACAAGUCCUAUAGAUCAGGGUGCAAAAAUCUCCAUUAAACUCAAAUGAUCAAUCAAAUUUUCACAUCAAGUAAAUAUUAUCCAUCAAGAUCAUGAAGUGAAAAUCUGUAAAAUCAAAUCCGUGUUAUCUAUCAUGUAUCCAAGGAGUAUUCCAACAUUUCAUGCUACCAGAUCAUUCUUUUGACUCAAUAAUAAUCUUCCUAGUAUCUUUUGGUAUCAAUCAAUCUAAUUGAUUUAAUUUUUCAUGCAUGCAAUAUGAUGUAAGGAAUUUGUAAAUUAGAUAGUUCUGACAGUUCUGUUUUCUGUUUUCAGUUCUAUUUUAGCAGCAAUAAAUUUGUCAAAAAUAAAUCAAAACUAUCUUCUUUAUAGCUGUAAUUUCGAAUUUCAGUAAUAUAUGUCUACGGGAUUGAAAUGUGAGAAAAGGGUCUCUAGAAUUUCAAAUUUCGGGUUGUUUUUUCAUCUGCUGUUUUUGACAGUCUGUUGUUCCUAACAGAAAACCAGAAAAUAGAUGUUGCAGUUUUUCCGAAUUUUAUUUUAUUUUUAUUUUUUUUAGUUGCUGUUCUAAGUUGAAUAAAAUGCAAACACAUGUUCUUAAUCGUCCUACAGCAUAAAUUAAUAAUGAAUACUUCACCCCCCAACUUAAAAAUGACAUUGUCCUCAAUGACACAGAAAACUCGAAACAGAAUAUGCAGAAAAUAUAAUUUUCAAGUGAAGCAUGCAUAUCUGCAAAGUUAAGCAUUAAAAAUAUUUUCAUAAAUGAUGAAGCUCAGAAAGACAUCACCUCAACCUCGUUUUUAAUUUUCCACUUCAUCUUACACUCCUCCUCCUGCACUUUUUCGAAAGAAAAACAAACACAGAAACAAGUACUGCGAAAUUCUAAGAAAAACAGAGAUCAAACAAAAUGAAAUAAAAACCAUGGGUUGCCUCCCAUGCAGCGCUGAAUUUAAUGUCUCCAGCUGGACAGCUCUUAUAUCAUAUAAGCUGAUCUAUGGCCAUCAAAAUAUAUUUGUAUCCCAAGGUAAGUUUUAUGAUAUUCUUUUUCAGAUUUAGCAUAAAUUCAUAUACUUCAUAUAUAUACCUUGACAUACUUUCAGCCAAAACAAAAUGGAAAUUAACAAAAUUUUCCCAAAAAUAAUAUUUCCAUUUUGAAAAGAAUCUUUCCUUAUUUCUAUCUUGUUUUGUUAGGCUCUCAUUCAUUAAUAAAUACUUUCUAUUAAUAAACCAUAAAAUGUGAUCAGGCCGUAUAAUUUUCAGAUUAGCUCUUGCCCAAUCUAAAAUUUUUUCAUCUAAAUUGGUAUCUCUAAUUCUUCCACUCACCCAUUUCUUAAUGUCUUCUUUUAUCUGCAUAAUCUUUCCCUGCUCCAUUUUAUCUUCCAUACAUAUUUGUUCAAUUUGUGAGGAGUGAAAUAUUUCAAGCUUAGAAAUAAUUCUAAUGGGCUGUGGGUUUUGAAGGAUGGAAGGAUUGUCUUCUUUAAUCUCAGAUCUAAUGAAUUCAGUAAAAUUCAAAUUUUCUCCUCCAAAAUUAUUUCUAUAUUCACAUCUAUUAUUUUUGCUUGUUCCCAUUAGUUGAAUCAAUUCUUUUUCUAGCUUUUCGUUUCUCAACUCAUCAAAUUCUUCAUCUUCCCAAGAGCUAUCUUUUAAUUUUGGUAUAUGAUAUACAUCAUCAUCCUCACAAUCAACAUCCAUGGCUGCAAAAUUAUGAUUAGAUUCAUUAAUUUCGUCUCCUACAUCUCCCAAAUCAAUUGAUUUUUCCUCCCCUGAAAUAUAUUUUUCUUCAUUUCUGUCCUUACUCCCUUCUACUGAAAUUUGGAUGAUUUUUCUAUGAUCAGUCGCUGUUUCUUCAUCUAAGGGUUCUUUCUCCUCAUCAUCCUCACUAUAUUCAUUCAUCAAUUGUGAGCAAUAAAUGAUUUUAUUCAAAUUUUCUGCUACUAUAUUUUUGCCCUUAAUAUCCUCAUUUACUUCUAAUGGAUCAUCAAUUUCUUCUAAUAAUUGGAAAUAAGGAUCAGGUAAAAUAUUCUCACUCAAUGUAUUCACUGUCCUAACAUUUUCAUUUCGUGGGUUUUUUUCUAAAUUUAUCCAGUUAGACUCUUCUUGCUGAAAUCUUACUGUUGGACAGUUUUCUGAAUUUUCUAUGGGCUGACUAGGUAGCUGUCCCUCUUCUCUCUUAUUCCCAAGAGCCUCUAUAAUUUGUUUCUGAUGAAGCAUCAUUUGAUUCAUAGUUUGUUGCAUCAUUUGAUUCAUAGUUUGUUGCAUCAUUUGGCUCAUUUGCUGCAUCAUUUCCAUAGCAUCAGGUUGGGUUUGAGAGGGCUGAUUUUUCUGAAAUCUAUUUUCUUGUUUUGGACGAAAUUCAGAGUUUGAAUUGGGUCUAAGUGCUUCUGGAUUUUGAAUAUUAUUUGGGUCUCUCCAUGAAAAAUUAUUCCUCCAAUUAGGAUUAUAAGAAUUUGAAAAAUUUUCCCUAUUUCUAUUAAAACCGUGAGCUACUUGCACUUGUUCUUGCAUAGGGUGAAAUGAUUGAUCUAAAUUAUAACAUUGAAGUUCAGAAUAAUCAUUUUCACCAUACAUAGGACAUGUACUAUUCGAAUUAAGUUGAGGGUUAAAAGGCUUUCUAAUAUUAUCAAUAAGUAAAUCAAUUUUUUCUAAUCUUUGAUUAAUCUGAUUAACCUCAUUUCUAAGUUUAGAAUCAUCAUCAUGAUGCAAUUCAUAAAUUUCUCUCUUCAUUUCCUUGUCAUAUAAUUCAAAAGAGGCUUGAUCUCUAGAAUUUUCACUUAAAUUCUCAUAAAGACUGUAAAUCUCAUCAGGAGUUUUCUCCAUAAAAGCUCCUCCACAUAUAGAAUCAACCAUAUUUCUAUGUUGUUCUAAUAAUCCAUCAUAAAAAAUUCUAUUGAGCUGCCACUUGGGUAUAGCAUGAUGAGGACACUUUCUAAGUAAAUCUUUGAAUUUUUCCCAUGUCUGAUGCAAAGUUUCUCCUGGUCUUUGAGAAAAACUCCAUAUAUGUUUUCUCAUAUUUUGAGUUUUUCCUAAAGGAUAAAAUUUUCGAAGAAAGGCCUGUUCUAUAUCUUUCCAGCUAGUUAAUUCUCUAUCUAAUGUGGAUAGCCAAUGACUAGCUUUGUCCCUAAGUGUAUGAGGGAAUAAUUUCAUCUUAAUAAUUUCCGGUGUAACUUGAGGGAGAUUAACUAAAUCACAGACCAUAUGAAAUUUUUCUAAGUGCUGAUGAGGUUCCUCUAAAGGCAAUCCAUGAAAAUUAGGGAGCAUUUGAAAAAUUCCUGGAUUUAUUUCGAAUUUAACAGUGGGUGCUAAUGGGACUCUAAUAUUAGAUGCUCUUUGAAAUGAAUCAGGGAUAUAAUGAUUUUUCAUGGCCAUAGGAUUGUUCUCAGUUUGACCUGUACUUCCUUCAGGAUCCAUCAAAAUUAAUUUUUCUUUUGGAUUUUUAUUUUUGAAUGAAAUAAUGAAAGGAUUUUCUAGCCUUGGAUGCAAGGAUCUUCUACCAUGCAUAAAAAUCAAUAAAUUCGAGGGAAAAAGUUAGUAACUGUUACCCUCCUUCAGGAUGCUCCAGUCCUUGCCGUGCUUCUUUUCGUUCCCUUUUUCUAAUAAAAAUCAGCAAAAAGAAAAUAAAACAAGAGUAAAGUUUUUUUUUUUGUGUACUCUAAGAGAAAAACAGAAAAAUACUAAAUAUUAUGCAAUACAUCCCCGGCAACGGCGCCAAAAUUUGACGUGACUCAGUCGUUGUAUGUUAAAUCACGCAAAUAUAAAAUUUAUAAAACUAGAAAAUACGAAUUUUCGGAUAUUUAGAAGUAUUUCUAAAUAAAUAUAUCAAUUAUAAUUCAAUAAAAAUUCCAAAAAUAGCGGUAAUUUUCCAGGUCGAUCACAGGGAUGUAAUAUAAUAUCUGGUAAUUAUUCAGAAUUUUUCUCAAUGAGUACGAUUUUCUUACGAAUUUUAUACUAGGAAAUAAAAAGGAAAUAUAUUUAAAAUUCACGAAAAAAAAAGAAAUAAGGGUGCGGACGUCAGGAUGACGUCAGCACCCGGCGAACGCGAAUCAGGCGGAAACAGAGUUCCGCCCGGCGAUUCUUACGUAGGCGAUUACAGACGACUCAAUUAAUCAAAUUAAGAUCUGUAAAAGCCGGAAGAAUCGUAAUUGAACGAAGUAUAGUUUGGUAAAUAAAAAUCAACAAAGUAUCACUAAAUGAAGCGUAAAUUAAAUUGAAAGCAGGAAAACAGAGUUCCGGCGUUGCGACGGCGAUGCGUCGGCGAUGCACCGGAAUCCUGAGCGUUCGGGAGGAUCGUCGUGCAGUGUCCACGGCCUCGAAGGCUCUCCUUGGACAAAGACGACGUGGGCAAUCUCUAGAUAAAGCAGGAAAACAGAGUUCUGGCGUCGCGACGGCGACGCGUCGGCGAUGCACCGGAAUCCCUGAGCGUUCGGGAGGGUCGUCGUGCAGUGUCCACGGCCUCGAAGGCUCUCCUUGGACAAAGACGACGUGGGCAAUCUCUAGAUCUUCUCGCGAAGUCUAGAGACCAAUGAAGUGGGUCGUCGAAUCGUCUCCGGCGGCUGUCACCCGGCGGAGCGGAAAAAUGGCGACUUUGCGGCUCUCCGGCGGCUGUCACCCGACGGAGAGGGGCUGGAUGAAGGUGAGGCGCGUGUUAGGGAGCUUCAUCCUCAGGUCCGCGCAGCAAGAGGAGGCUCUUCAUCGCAUCUGGUACGCUCUCAGGAGGUGGCGACUGGUCUCCCGGCGGAUCGUCCUCUUCCCGACGACGGCUUGUUCGUCGAUCAAUCGGAGAUGAUUUUCUCGAUGGAUUGCGAUCCUUUUAUCGCGAAUCGUUUAGAAAUUUUAGUAGCAAUGCUCCGCGAAUCGCGUUGACGAGAUUUUCGCCGAUGAUCCAGCGAUUCCGGUUGCUUAAUCCUUCACCGGCGAUCUGCAGGAAAGUCGCGAUAAUCAGUUAAAAAUAUAUGAAUUUUGACUCUGGGAGGAUUCGAACCCGCGGCGGUCGCCCGCCCCUGAACAAGGUGUGACGCGGGUUUAGUCCCACAUCGGUUGUUCGCGGAUUAUUUGGGCGAAUAUAUAGUAAAGUUAGCUUUAUAGGCAAAAUCCUCUCGCGUGUACGACCACUCCUUGCCCCACAGCCGGCUGACCAUCGGUGACGUGGAAGGGGAGUGGCGCACACGUGCCCCUAUCGAUCCAAGCAAGCCGUUCGAGCCCCUGCUCGCGGCUACUCCCCGACUGCGCUUCCGACCCGCUUGCGGGCCCGGCUGGCCGGCGAAUCCCCCCAUUUUGCAAUAUUUUUAUUUUUAUUUCUUGUUCUUCAUUUAUCUCAAAACUAAGACUGUAAAAAUCGUAUAAAAUCACAUAAUUACCCAAAAAUUCACGUUAAUCAACUGAAAACCACUUUUAAUGCUUUAACACAAAUAUAAGUCUAUUUAUCAUGAGUUAAGGCUAAAACUAUAUUAUUUACUAAUUAUUAACUCAUGAUAAUGAAGACUUAUCAAGGGUCUUCUAGAAUUUCAAAUUUCGGGCUGUUUUUUGUCUGCUGUUUUUGACAGUUUGCUGUUUUUGACAGAAAACCAGAAAAUAGAUGUUGUAAUUUUUCCGAAUUUUAUUUUAUUUUUAUAUUUUUAGUUGCUGUUCUAAGUUGAAUAAAAUGCAAACACAUGUUCUUAAUCGUCCUACAACAUAAAUUAAUAAUGAAUACUUCACCCCCCAACUUAAAAAUGACAUUGUCUUCAAUGACAUAGAAAACUCGAAAUAGAAUAUGCAGAAAAUAUAAUUUUCAAGUGA